GGUCUCCCUGGUGGCUCAUGCCACAGCCACUGUCGGUUCACGGAUUCACGCUUCAGUGUUCAUUCUGUCUGUCGACACUAUAGUCUAGAGGUCGCCGGACGCUACGCGUCACUGUUUUGGUGGUUUCUCGUCCUUUUUGGCUGCCGCCUGCCCGUCUUCUUAGUCUCGUGCUGUUUUCAGUUCAUAACACUUUCGUCUAAUAGGUUGGACUAGACAGGAAAAUGAUAAUCGACGCAGAAAAACAGCAAGGCCAGAUCGUUUGGGCCAAAAUACACAAAAAGUCCAGUAUGUGGGCUGCGAUGAUUCUUUCUGUGAAGAAAAUGAAUUUGGCAUAUUUUGAAGAUCAGCCUGGAAAAACAUGCGUUUGGUGGUUGAGUGCUAAUAGUAUGUCACAGUUGAACAAUGAUUUAAUAUUUGAAUUCACAACUCAUAUUAAAUAUGGUCUGGCCAGUUUAAGCGUAUCGCGUAAGAAAAGUGUUGAACAAGCAAUUUGUAUAUUAUCCGCUCAGUACAACUUUGUGGCCCCUCAACAUAAAAAGAUUGAUUGGGCAUUUGUGAAUUUGCCUAUUCUUGUGAACGGAAAACGUAGACGAAAAGAAGAGUAUAUUAUUCCAGAUGAAUUCUUACAAAAAAUCAUAAUGUUAAAUAACAACAUUAGAAGAAGUAUUGAGGAAAAGAAAAGAAAAAGUGUUAAAAAACCACGUGGAGUAAAAAGAAAAAUUGAUGGAUCUCAAAUUUCAAAAAUGGAAUACCGAUAUUGCAUGGCAUGCCGAAUACCUGCAGAUAAACUAAAGAUUCAACACCCCAUAUUUAAAGGUUUUCUGUGUAAUAAUUGUUUUACAAACGGGAAAGAUAUUAUUUUAUCAAUAGCAAAGGACAAAUCAAAUGAUGGCUGUUGUGUUUGUCUUACUCAAAAAGACACAUUGGUAUUGUGUAGUUUUUGUAUAAGAGCUUAUUGUAACGAAUGCUUAGAAUUUUAUUGUGGACAGAAAACUUUAGAAAAAAUUCUUAAUGUCAUUACAUGGACUUGUUUUGCAUGUAAUAGUACCACUUUAAGGACCAAUAAACUAGUUCCAAGGAGUACAAAUGAACAACUACGAAAUAUUUUUAACUUGUAUCCAGCUAACGCUGAAAAAAACUAUGCCAGGGAACAAAUUCAAGAGUUACAUGUUAUGAAUUUAAAAGAUAUUCAAAACAAUGUACCAAAGGCUUUACAAAACCUAGGAUUUCCAUUUAAAAUUCUGGAAACUACUUACUUAAAUGAUAACAUCGAAGACAACAAUGAGAAUAUUGCCAAGUUAGUCAUUCAAUAUUAUCCAAACAAGGAGAAUUAUAACGAAGAGAAAUUUUUUGAUCUGAACGAUUGCAUAAAAAAAUUUUUCUCAUUUUUGCAAAUAAAAAACAAAAUGGAAGCAAUGCAAAAAGAUGGUAAGCCUAUUUUUUGGGCUUUUGAAACAAGUGCUGCAAUCAAAAUUGUAGAACAGAAAACAAUUUCAAGGUUUCUUAACACUCAACCAAUAAUCAUAGGUAUGGAGACAGAUGAUGUCCAACAAAGAAGCAGGUUAAUUUGGACCAACAUCACCAUACUCAACAAAAACAUCAAACAAUUAACAAGUCAACACAUUUAUCUUCAUAAAGUACCAAAAUAUGUUGGAAGAAGAUCACAAUUUUAUAAGGAUAAUAUAGAUAUGCCUUGGUGUUACACUUCCAUUUAUGCUAUUUUAAGUAGUUUCAUAAAAAAUGAUAUAGUAUUUUGAAUACAUAAAAUGUGUCCAAUUACUGAUGCCUAUUGAUCUAUGAUUUUAUUUGUCCAAUUUUAUUUUCAAAUCUUGAUUUUAAUUAUAUUGAAAUUUUUUUUUAAAUAUAUGCGAAGAAAGCAUU